AUGCCGUUCUCAGAAGCACCACCUCUCCCCCAGGGUGCCGGUUACGGUAUUCUUGUGGGUGUCGGAGCCCUCUUCGCCGUGUUCAUUGUCUUCACUCUGAGAGUGUCGCUAAACUACCUAGGCGAGAAAGCCAACAAGUCUGAGAUGUUCAUGGUGGCCAACCGAGCUGUUGGAGUCGGUCUAACUGCCUCGGCAGUCUUUUCAUCCUGGAUGUGGGCCAACGAAACUCUCUAUGGAGCUGUUGUCGGCUACAACUUUGGCAUGUCUGGCCCGUUUUGGUUUGCAGCUGGUCUGUCUUUCCAUAUCGCCCUGAUGACUGUUGUGGGUAUCCAAGUCAAGUUGAAGGUUCCUAAUGGACACACUCUGUUGGAAAUUAUCAAGUUCAGAUACGGAGUUCCGGGACACAUUGUCUACAUGGUGUUCUGUCUCAUCAACAACAUUCUCUCGUGUAGUACCAUGAUCCUGGCAGCUGCUGGAGCUAUCUCAGCCAUCACCGGCAUGCACUCUGCUGCUGCCAGUAUGCUGAUUCCCGUCGGUGUUAUUCUCUACACUGCAGCUGGAGGUCUAAAAGCCACUUUCCUCACUGACUACGUUCAUACCACCGUGGCCCUCGUUUUGCUCAUGUACUUUUGUAUUGGCAUUCUCACGAAUGAACACAUUGGUGGUGUCUAUGGUCUCUACGAGAAGGUCCUAGCCUAUUCCGACAACGCUGACCACUACAUCAAGGGCAACUACCAGGGAUCCUUGCUCACUUUCAAGUCCCAAGGUGGAGCUCUCUUCAGUAUCUGCCACAACAUUGCCAACCUUGGUUUGGUCAUCAUGGACACCGCCUUCUGGCAAAAGUCCAUGGCAGCUGACCUCAAGGCUACUGUCCCUGGAUACAUGAUUGGUAGUGUCCUCAUCUUCUGUGUCCCCUGGGCUCUGGGAACCAUCAGUGGUCUCGGUGCUCGAGUCCUGGAGCAAUCUGGAAUCAUUGAUCCCAUCUCUGCACACGCCCUGGAUGUCGGUAACGUGUUUCCCAUUGUUACCCAUGCCCUUCUCGGAAAGGGUGCUUCUGUUGGUAUCGUUCUGAUGCUCUUCAUGUCCGUCACCUCUACUGUCUCUGCCGAGAUGAUUGCUGUCUCCAGUAUCAUCUCUUUCGACAUCUUCCGAACUUACAUCAAACCCAAUGCUUCCGACCGAGUUCUCAUUUUCGUCUCCCACGCAGGCGUCGUCUUCUUUGGCCUUCUCUCUGGAGCUAUAGCUGUCGCCUUUUACUUUGGCGGCAUCGAUCUUAACUGGAUGUCUUACUUCCUGGGUAUCGCGAUUACUCCCGGUGUUUUCCCUGUCAUUCUCACCAUUCUGUGGAAGCGGCAAUCGCGGCUGGCUGCCCUUGUCUCUCCUAUUCUCGGACUGGCCACUGGACUUGGUGUUUGGUUGGGUACUGCUCAAGUCUAUUUUGGAGAGAUUAGUGUCAAGUCAACCGGCGCUCCCCUCCCGAACGUCUGGGGAAACAUUGCCACUCUCAUGUCUUCUUUGCUCUUCUCUGUCAUCAUCACCUUGAUUCGACCUGAGGACUUUGACUGGCUCAUCUUCCACAACAUCUCCAAGGUCAACGAGGAUGAUGAGAAGCCAGAAGACCUUGAGGCUAUCCAUGAGAACCCCACUGACCCCUUUUUUAUCUCUGACAGUGACGCGCCUUCUACCUCAAAGACAAACGAAGUUUCUGAAGUUAUCAUAAACCAUGAGAUCGCCAGCAGUGAAAACGACUCUGAGAACGAGUCUGAUCACGGUGACCCCACAAAACAGACCCACGACUCCUCCACACACUCUCUUUCUAGCGGAAGCUACCAUGUGGCGGUUGUGAGGGAGGCUGCGACCUCAAACGGUCUCUUCCAGCCCAGACUCGUCAUCCCCCAAAAUAUAUCUACUUGGAGGAAAUUCCUGUACUACAUUGGAUGGGACACCGCUCACACCGAUUACAGUAACCAUCCUCUUGGAGCUGAUUCUAUCCCCAUCAUGUUGUACUGGUACAAAGUGGCCAAGAUCUUUGCUGUUGUUAUCUGUCUCAUCACCUGGAUCAUCUGGCCUUACUCCCUCUAUCGACACUACAUUUUUUCCAAAUCCUUCUUCUCUGGCUGGGUCAUUGUCGCCAUCAUCUGGGUGUUCCUGGCCUUCAUCUUCGUGGUCAUCUUCCCCCUGUACGACGGCAGAAAGUCACUGUACCGAGUCUACGAUGGUCUACGAACUGACUGGAAGAAGUGGCGACACAGAAAGGAUGGGCAAGCAGAAGAAGAAAAAGAGUAG